AUGAACACUGUUGAUCUCAAAUGUGAAUACUUCGGCAAUUGUCAUAUUGACAUUAAAACACGGCGAAAUUGCCAGCGCUGUCGCAUGCAAAAAUGUUUUCAGAUUGGCAUGAAACUGGAGCUGAUUAACCGGCGAGUUGUCAAUCAUCAUCCCUCCUCAUCUUCUCCUUCAUCCUCAUCCACUACCUCAUCAGACAGCUCACUGGUUCCUCUGUCAUCAAUCACCAUUACCACAGCUUCGCUCAUUCCCAAUGUGGACGACCCUGAAAAGAUUUUAGACCCCUAUGAAGAGGAGUUCCUGCAUAUGUUCCAGAGCCUGUGCAUUAUCUUUCGCACAUUUCACCCCAAAGUGAUUGGCAUUGCCUCUGACGUCAGUCAGGUGUUCAACAUGCAGGAGUACUUGAUAAAAAACAUUGUCAAUUUCAGUAAAUGCAUCGAGAGCUUCAAAGAGCUGAACCAACACGACCAGUUGCUCAUACUCAAAUCCAGUUUUACGGAGAUUGUCAUGCUGCGAAGCUUGUUUUACUAUGAGGCUAGAGAAGACUCAUUUCCAAUGAGGAUCGACGAGGCUGCCGAGAAUGCCUUACUAGUGCCACUUGACUUGCUUUACAAAACUAAACUGCAUCACCUGAUUGAACUGCACCGUAAGCUGGCUGAAAUAGUGGCACAGGAAAAGGAAGACAAUCUGUUGCGAGAUUUGAUGGCCGUUCUCAUCAUGUUUAAACCCAGAGCUAAUGUCAACAAUCACGAAUAUAUCAAUUACGAGUACUCUCGGUACCGAUACCUGUUGAAGCGUUACCUUCUGGUCAAGUACCAGGACAACUACAAGGCCAACGUCUACUACCUUAGUUUGAUGCAAAUUAUCACUGAUGUAGCACUGUUGAAGCAGAACUUUAUUGAAAUCUUCCAAAUGAUUGACUCCAAACCCGUCAGCCAUUGUCUGCUUGAAAUUUAUGAAAUUACCGAUAAUGAAACCACUACUACGACAAAGUAG